GAAAUAUAUGAAUUAAAAUCAUCAUCACUUUUAAGAUAGAGACAUUGAAGUGAGAUGGGGAAUUGCAUCAAAAAGUAUUUAUUAUUCAUGAAAAAAGGCUCACAAAGGAAUACAAAUACUCAAAAUUAAUUAGUUACUUAUGAGAUUAUUUUAGAAAAUUUUCCAGAUAUGGAAGUACAGCCUGGAUUUGUAGGAGGAAAAGUAAACUUUAGUAAUGGAUAAAGUUUCACAGCUUAACUUUAAGAAUCAACAAAGGCAUGUUAUCUCUUUGAUACUCAAAAUAAUGGCUGGGUACAAUUAUAGCAAAAAGUAGAAGAAUUUUAAUAAUUAUUAUAAUAAUAAGCUCCAUUAUAAAUCCCUUAAUAGAAUCAAAAUAAUAAUGAAUAAGGACUAAUGGUUGAAGUAGUCAAUUAUGACAGCCUCAAUGAAUAUAAGGGAUUUAUCUCAGAGAAAGACGUAGAAUCUUAAACAGAGGGUCUUGCAGAGUUAGAGGAUUUAAAUAAAGAGAUAGGAGAUCAUAUUAAAAAAAUUUUUGAUAACAACAGCCCAGUAUAGUUAAAGCUUAAAAACUAAGAUUCUUCAUUGGAUGUGAAAUUCCUUUUGGCAAAAGGAAAGAAAAUUAUUGAGUAUAAUAUAAGAAUUGAACUAAUUUUAACGGAAUAAAAUCCAGAAGAACAAGAAAAAAGAAGAAAAGAAAAAGAAUAAAAAAAAUAAAGUGAAAGAAUAGAUAAUAUUGAAUAAGCCUUAAGAAAAUUAUAAACAGAAAAUGAUAAUUUAUUAAAUUAGUUAAAUACUGAACUUGCUAAUUAGAAAGCAGAACUAUCCAAUCUUUAGUAAAAAUUAUAAUAAAGUUCAACAGCUAAUCGUAAUCAGUUAGAAUAAGAACUUGCAAAUUAAAUGGGAAAGGUAGAAAACCUUUAAGAACAAGUAUAAUAAAAUCUUUCCAAUAAUAUUGAUUCAUUAAAAUAAGAUCAACAGGCAGUCAAAGGAGGUGUAGAUCAAUUAAAAACAAAGUUUGGUGCUUUAGAAUAAGAACUUGCAAAUUAAAUGGGAAAGGUAGAAAACCUUUAAGAACAAGUAUAAUAAAAUCUUUCCAAUAAUAUUGAUUCAUUAAAAUAAGAUCAACAGGCAGUCAAAGGAGGUGUAGAUCAAUUAAAAACAAAGUUUGGUGCUUUAGAAUAAGAACUUGCAAAUUAAAUGGGAAAGGUAGAAAACCUUUAAGAACAAGUAUAAUAAAAUCUUUCCAAUAAUAUUGAUUCAUUAAAAUAAGAUCAACAGGCAGUCAAAGGAGGUGUAGAUCAAUUAAAAACAAAGUUUGGUGCUUUAGAAUAAGAACUUGCAAAUUAAAUGGGAAAGGUAGAAAACCUUUAAGAACAAGUAUAAUAAAAUCUUUCCAAUAAUAUUGAUUCAUUAAAAUAAGAUCAACAGGCAGUCAAAGGAGGUGUAGAUCAAUUAAAAACAAAGUUUGGUGCUUUAGAAUAAGAACUUGCAAAUUAAAUGGGAAAGGUAGAAAACCUUUAAGAACAAGUAUAAUAAAAUCUUUCCAAUAAUAUUGAUUCAUUAAAAUAAGAUCAACAGGCAGUCAAAGGAGGUGUAGAUCAAUUAAAAACAAAGUUUGGUGCUUUAGAAUAAGAACUUGCAAAUUAAAUGGGAAAGGUAGAAAACCUUUAAGAACAAGUAUAAUAAAAUCUUUCCAAUAAUAUUGAUUCAUUAAAAUAAGAUCAACAGGCAGUCAAAGGAGGUGUAGAUCAAUUAAAAACAAAGUUUGGUGCUUUAGAAUAAGAACUUGCAAAUUAAAUGGGAAAGGUAGAAAACCUUUAAGAACAAGUAUAAUAAAAUCUUUCCAAUAAUAUUGAUUCAUUAAAAUAAGAUCAACAGGCAGUCAAAGGAGGUGUAGAUCAAUUAAAAACAGAGUUUGGUGCUUUGAACAAUAAACUAUAACACGAAAUAUAGCAAGUAGAAUAAAAACUUAAUUAACAAUGCUAAUAAUUAAUUCAAAAAUAGUAAAAUCCAUAUCAAAAAAUUACCUUAAAUUAAUUAAAAUUAAUCUAAUAACAAGAUAUGUAUUUAUAUUCAACUAAAUUAUUUAAUGGAUAAAUUGAAUUCGAAUUAAGUAUUAUAGAUGAUGAUGCAGAAUUUGAAGUUGGUAUACUAGCAGAUGGCGAUUAAUAGAACCUUGAAAAGAAAAAAGGAUCCUAUUAUAUGAGUUUACCUGAUGGAACAUUUAAAAGAGGAACGAAUGAGUUCGGAAAAUUUUUAACUUAUAGUUUAUAAAUUGACGAUAAAUUAGGAAUUAGAGUUGAUACAAAUAAACAUCUAUUUUAAGUGGCUAUUAAUGAUUUUCUACUUCCUCCAGUCAGAAUUAAUGAUGGAAUUGAAGAAUUUUCAUUUUUUAUCAGAAGUUCUAGUGAAUAUCAAUCAUUUACUGGGGAUACAUAAGUGUGAUUUGAAUAUUUAUCAUAGUGCACAUAUAUUAAUUAUUAUAUCUAUUAAUAA